UGUUAUUAUCCUAAAAACGAAACAAUCUCAACACUAUGACCUUAUUAGAUUAUCCAAUCAUUUAAUUAAAUUAAUUUAAAGGUAUUAAGUAGCUGACAUAUGAGAGGAAGCGAGAAGUCUUCGAGUGUGUGGCAGAUAUGUGGGGCGGGGCUGACCCGCAUAGGCCUACACCCCACCGGCCAGUUUCAAAUGGAAAUACUAUAGUACCUUUAGGAUAAAUUUACUGAUAGAUAGAAAGGUUUUAAGAAACGUGAGAAAUACAGCGCGGUUUGGUGCAAGAUGCUCAGGGCUCCAAGAGAAAUUGAACCAGAGCUUUGUCCCGAAGAACCGCCGGUGACCGAGUGUUGAGGAAGCCGGGAGGGGGAGGGGGGAGGAGGGGAGGUCGACGAUAGGGGAGUUACGUCGGGGGGAAGGAUGGGGAGAGGGAGGGGUGUCUUCCUCAACAGGAACGAGGACAGUGGAGCAUAUCAUGGUCAUUGUUGUAGAGUGUCCUCGUCAGUGUCAUGGAUUCCGUCAGCUGGAAGGAGGUCAGUGGAGCAUAUCAUGGUCAUUGUUGUAGAUUGUCCUCGUCAGUGUCAUGGAUUCCGUCAGCUGGAAGGAGCUCAGUGGAGCAUAUCGUGGUCAUUGUUGUAGAGUGUCCUCGUCAGUGUCAUGGGUUCCGUCAGCUGGAAGGAGCUCAGUGGAGCAUAUCGUGGUCAUUGUUGUAGAGUGUCCUCGUCAGUGUCAUGGGUUCCGUCAGCUGGAAGGAGCUCAACACUGUAAUCCAAGUCGUCUGUAUCCUUGGCCUCCUCGAUGGGAACGAGUGGCGGUGGAAGAUUGGGCUCGUCUUCUGCAGGACCGACUUCCUCGGAGACGACGGGAGCAGAUUCAUGGGCGGCAUGGCCUCCAUUUUCAACGUUUGGGAUGUCCAGCGCUUUAACAAGGUCGUUAUUUUCUUCCAAGAAGAUGUCCAGCGCUUUUACAAAGUCGUCAUUUUCUUCUUUGGACAUGUCCAGCGCUUUUACAAUGUCGUCAUUUUCUUCCUUGGACAUGUCCAGCGCUUUUACAAAUUCGUCAUUUUCUUCUUUGGACAUGUCCAGCGCUUUUACAAUGUCGUCAUUUUCUUCCUUCGACAUGUCCAGCGCUUUUACAAGUUCGUCAUUUUCUUCUUUGGACAUGUCCAGCGCUUUUACAAGUUCGUCAUUUUCUUCUUUGAACAUGUCCAGCGCUUUUACAAUGUCGUCAUUUUCUUCUUUGAACAUGUCCAGCGCUUUUACAAGAUCGUCAUUUUCUUCUUUGGACAUGUCCAGCGCUUUUACAAAGUCGUCAUUUUCUUCUUUGGACAUGUCCAGCGCUUUUACAAAGUCGUCAUUUUCUUUUUUGGACAUGUCCAGCGCUUUUACAAGUUCGUCAUUUUCUUCUUUGAACAUGUCCAGCGCUUUUACAAUGUCGUCAUUUUCUUCUUUGGACAUGUCCAGCGCUUUUACAAUUUCGUCAUUUUCUUCUUUGAACAUGUCCAGCGCUUUUACAAGAUCGUCAUUUUCUUCUUUGGACAUGUCCAGCGCUUUUACAAUGUCGUCAUUUUCUUCCUUCGACAUGUCCAGCGCUUUUACAAAGUCGUCAUUUUCUUCCUUGGACAUGUCCAGCGCUUUUACAAGUUCGUCAUUUUCUUCUUUGGACAUGUCCAGCGCAUUUACAAUGUCGUCAUUUUCUUCUUUGGACAUGUCCAGCGCUUUUACAAAGUCGUCAUUUUCUUCUUUGGACAUGUCCAGCGCUUUUACAAAGUCGUCAUUUUCUUCUUUGGACAUGUCCAGCGCUUUUACAAUGUCGUCAUUUUCUUCUUUGGACAUGUCCAGCGCUUUUACAAAGUCGUCAUUUUCUUCUUUGAACAUGUCCAGCGCUUUUACAAUGUCGUCAUUUUCUUCCUUCGACAUGUCCAGCGCUUUUACAAAGUCAUCAUUUUCUUCUUUGGACAUGUCCAGCGCUUUUACAAUGUCGUCAUUUUCUUCUUUGAACAUGUCCAGCGCUUUUACAAUGUCGUCAUUUUCUUCCUUCGACAUGUCCAGCGCUUUUACAAAGUCAUCAUUUUCUUCUUUGAACAUGUCCAGCGCUUUUACAAUGUCGUCAUUUUCUUCCUUCGACAUGUCCAGCGCUUUUACAAAGUCGUCAUUUUCUUCUUUGGACAUGUCCAGCGCUUUUACAAUGUCGUCAUUUUCUUCCUUCGACAUGUCCAGCGCUUUUACAAUGUCAGAGUUUUCUUCUUUGGACAUGUCCAGCACUUUUACAAUGUCGUCAUUUUCUUCCUUCGACAUGUCCAGCGCUUUUACAAAGUCAUCAUUUUCUUCUUUGGACAUGUCCAGCGCUUUUACAAUGUCGUCAUUUUCUUCCUUCGACAUGUCCAGCGCUUUUACAAAGUCAUCAUUUUCUUCUUUGGACAUGUCCAGCGCUUUUACAAUGUCGUCAUUUUCUUCCUUGGACAUGUCCAGCGCUUUUACAAAGUCAUCGUUUUCUUCUUUGGACAUGUCCAGCGCUUUUACAAAGUCAUUUUCUUCCUUGGACAUGUCCAGCGCUUUUACAAAGUCAUUUUCUUCCUUGGACAUGUCCAGCGCUUUUACAAAGUCGUCAUUUUCUUCUUUGGACAUGUCCAGCGCUUUUACAAAGUCGUCAUUUUCUUCUUUGGACAUGUCCAGCGCUUUUUCAAGUUCGUCAUUUUCUUCUUUGGACAUGUCCAGCGCUUUUACAAUGUCGUAAUUUUUUUCCAAGAAGAUGUCUAACGCUUUUAUAAUGUCGUCGUUUUCUUCCUUGGACAUGGCCAGCGCUUUUACAAUGUCGUCAUAUUCUUCCUUGGACAUGGCCAGCGCUUUUACAAUGUCGUCAUAUUCUUCCUUGAACAUGUCCAGCGCUUUUACAAUGUCGUCAUUUUCUUCCUUGGACAUGUCUAGCGCUUUUACAAUGUCGUCAUUUUCUUCCUCGGACAUGUCCAGCGGUUUGACAAGGUCGUUGUUUUCAGCCUUGGUAAUGUCCAGCGUUUUCACAAGGUCGUUGUUUUCAGCCUUGGUAAUGUCCAGCGUUUUCACAAGGUCGUUGUUUUCAGCCUUGGUAAUGUCCAGCGUUUUCACAAGGUCGUUGUUUUCAGCCUUGGUAAUGUCCAGCGCUUUCACAAGGUCGUUGUUUUCAGCCUUGGUAAUGUCCAGCGCUUUCACUAGGUCGUUGUUUUCAGCCUUGGAAAUGUCAAGCGCUUUCACAAGGUCGGAUUUUUCAGCCUUGGAAAUGUCCAGCGCUUUCACAAGGUCGGAUUUUUCAGCCUUGGAAAUGUCCAGCGUUUUCACAAGGUCGUUGUUUUCAGCCUUGGUAAUGUCCAGCGCUUUCACAAGGUCGUUGUUUUCAGCCUUGGUAAUGUCAAGCGUUUUCACAAGGUCGUUGUUUUCAGCCUUGGUAAUGUCAAGCGUUUUCACAAGGUCGUUGUUUUCAGCCUUGGUAAUGUCAAGCGUUUUCACAAGGUCGUUGUUUUCAGCCUUGGUAAUGUCAAGCGUUUUCACAAGGUCGUUGUUUUCAGCCUUGGUAAUGCCCAGCGCUUUGACAAUUUCGGAUUUUUCAUCGUUUGAGAUGGCUUGCGCUUUCACAAGGUCGUUAUUCUCUGCCCGGCAGGUGAUCAGCGCCUUAACCAGACCAUUAUUUUCUUCCCAGGAGAAGGAGACGACUUCUUGCAGCCUGUCAGUUUCCUUCCUAGCGUUAGUUAGGUCACGGAGCAGGCCGUUGUUUUCUUCCCGGAAUGAGAACACAACUUUUCGCAUCCUGUGAAUGAUCUUUCCAGCCUUAUACAGGUCGUUGAGCAAGACGUUAUUUUCGCCUCGCAAUAAGUACAGGUCAUUGAGGAGCGCGCUGUUUUGUUCCUCCAGGGCUGACCUUUGCUGUUCUUUGUGUCUGCAAGCCGCUUGUUGAGCCAGCAGCGCCCUGUGUAGGACGCUGGCUUCAUCGGUGGCCUGCAGCAGGAGGACGGACAGUAGGGCGUUUUGUCUUGCCAGGUCCUGCAUGGCCUGGUGUGUCCGCUCCUGCUCGGCCAGCAGACCGGCAGUCACCCACGCCUUUUGGACCCCGAGCUGUGCCGCCGGUGGUCCUCCUUCCCCAGGCGCGGCGACGGGCAGCAGCUCCUUGGCGGGCGGGGUUGUGGGGCCGAACCCGAUGCUCUCCAGGAGCAAUCUGGUGACGAGGGCCCACCACAGCAUCGCCAGAACAACGUCAAGGCGCAUCGUGAUGAUGAAAAUUGAAGUACAGCUGAAUAUAAAUAAGUGCGGAAGUGAGAGACAACGAAGGGAAGCGAAAGUGAGCUGAGAGCCGGACAGCAAGGAAGGCAGCAGAAGUGUGUCCUCCUCUCCCUGCAGUGUUGCCCGACUUAUUAAAGAGAGAGAGAGAGAGAGAGAGAGAGAGAGAGAGAGAGAGAGAGAGAGAGAGAAAGUUGAUUGAAGUGAGAGAUAAAUGAAGGUAACUUAGUUUGAUAAAAGAUCCUCCUCCUUCCUCCUCGUCUUCCUCUUCCUCUCCCUCUUCCUCUUCCUCUUCCUCCUUCUCCUUAAAUCUCACCAAGGAAUGUGUUGGUUUUUAUGUAAUUGCAGUAACCUAACCUAACCUCCUCCUCCUCCUCCUCCUCCUCCUCCUCCUUGCGGGCGAU